AUGGCAGUGCGAAUGCCGCUUCAGCAGAGCUAUGGAAGCACGCUGGUGCAUGGCCCACCCGUGGCUAUGGCACAAGUGGUAGUGCAACCUGGCUCCCAAAGCCUUCCACUGGCCUGCACUGUGCACAUGGCCAAGGAGGGCCACAGCCAAAUAGCUCCCACCGUGCCUAUGGUGCAUCCCCACGCGCCAGCCGCUUUCCAGCCGCAGCUCCACCCGCUGCAGCCGCUCCUGAACUCCAAGAGCGUGGAUCGCCUCUUCCGGGCUGCGCCACCUGCACUCGCUGAUGCAGUGCGUUCCUGGGCACCGGUACCCACGGCAAAGCUAUGCGCCUCAUCUGGCCAGCCACAAACGCCGCAGAAGGUCUGGACCACACGACAAGCGAUCAAGGCAGCUUGCGCUUUGCCGCUUCAAGUGCCUUCCAGUGUCUCCACCACGGCUUCGCAGAGCCCCACGGGUGGGCCAGCUGGACAAGGUUCCCUCAUGGCCACCCCGGCUUCUGAGAAGCCCGAAAGGCAUGGUCGCUUGGACUCCCUGCGCGAGCAGCUCGUUCAGGCCAGUGUGGAGCUCCACCGCAUGCAGGCGACCUUGGCCGACAUGGGCACGAAACUGCCGGCAGCCUGGACUGGUGCCUGCUCAGGCAAGCUUGGCAAUCCGAAGUCCGCAAGCUCUGCAGCGAAGGAGUCGCCGCUGCAAGCAGUACAGCGGGCGGUGAAGCAACUACAGGGCAACUUGGAGGAAAGCCUGAACUCAGCAGAGAAGGUGCCUGCCUCGCCUGACACCCGCAAUCGCACGUUUAGUGCUUCGUCACGCGAGCCCAGCGUGAGCUCAUUGAUGAAAGGAAGAAACUCGCAGCAGGCAAGCCCAGUGCAGCGUACCCGGCCGCAUCGGCAGGCCUCUGCUCCUGCAAGGCGGCCCUCGGAGUCCUCCACCUCCAGCCGAGGUGCCAGCAUCUCAUGCAGCACCCGCUCGAUUAUCCGACGAUCAGAUGCUCGGGAGCGCAUGAGGAGGAGAGUUGGGCAAAGCUUGGCAUCAACCAUGAAAGACCUCCGGUUGGAGAACUCGCAGAAGUGUGACGUGGAGGACUCAGAAGGCCGCAGUGUUUCCAGCGACAUUCGGCCUCGAAAGCCCCGGCCGCCCAUGGCAGCGGUUCUGCAGGGCUCAUCAAGGCGAUCACCGGGUCAAGUGCUCAGCGAAGCUCGGCGUUGGUGCGACGCAGGCAACUCCACGGGUGUGCUCCGGGUCGACCAAAAACUGACACAGGAUCAGGGGCUCUCCGAGCAGUCCCCUACAGGUAGCAGUUCUGAACGGCUCCCGAAGCCAACCCUCACGCCGGUGCUGCGCUGCCGCUGA